GCGUGAUCGCCCACGGUCGCGCUCGAAGAAUCGACGGUGCUUCGUUUUCCGUCCGUCCCGUUUGCAGAUCCAUCCGGAGAGACGGCAGUAACUUUUCCUAUAUACGUGUGACAAGUGAUUUGCACCUCAAUUAUCACAAUGCCGGUGUCCUAACCAGUUCUUUUGAAGCCGUGACUUAUUUGUAAAGCUCCUUGAGCAAAGUAGCACCGUGCGCGCCGAGAUGUCGGACCGCGAAGUUCGUUCCCGCAAGAAGCGCAAAGCAGCGUUGGAGAAAGGAACGGCUGACGAAGGUUACAAGGAAAAGCACAAACCCCAAAAGCACUCGGAUUCCGAGCUGGAAGAUGACGCGUCCGUCUCUGAACCGAGCACAACUGCCAGAAUUACGUUUUUGGUUGUUUUCAUCGCCUUGGCCGUAAUGGUCGGAGCUGUCAUUUUGGCCCUGCAAAGUUCUUCGUCUUUUAAUACAUUUUCUAAUGAAGCUGAGCUUGAAGCAAAUGACGACUUGAUAGUUGCCCAGGAGGAAAUGGAAGUUGAAAGUCAGCAUUAUGCUACCACUGCGGAGGGUUCUAAUGAACUAGGACCAAGUGUCCGAAGUAAAGAGCAAAGCAUCAACUUAGGAACCAUGAACACAGAUCCAACAGAGCCACUGCAGGCUUCUGAGCAUGCAGCUGAGCUUGACAGUAGCCAGACACCAACGCAGCAUUUUGGGUCUGUCCCAAACACUGAAAACAUGGAAUUGCCUUUCGGGCAGACAUCAGAAAUAGUGUCGUCAACAUUUACACAAACAGAUGUUCUCAGCUCCACUGAGAGACUGGAGCCAUCUAAGGCUACAGAGAUUAAGCACGAUGAAAGUGCCCAAGCAUUGUCCUUAGAGGCAACAAAAGUGUCAGAGGCUUCCUCACCUCCGGCAUCAGAGGUGGCUACAUCUUCACUGGAAACAAUGGCUUUGACGCCAGAUCCGCUUGAAGGACAGACAAGUAAUGAUGCAAUGAUUGAGAAGGAGCUCAGAGAAUCUGAAGAACUAGUUGAACAGUCCCCUGAAAAGGCCCUUGAGAAGUUUAAGCAGCUCCUCCAAACUGACCCACAAAGUCCCAUAGCCAGCUAUGGCAAAGCACUGGCUUUGGAGAAGAUUGCUGAGCGGAGGAAGAGCAAUUCAAUCCUGGAGCAGAGCAUUCAGGCAUAUUUGGAUGUGAUGAAGUUGCCAAGCAGAGAACUGUACCUCAGAGCAGGAAACAAGGCUGUGGAUCGCAUGCGCUUCCGAGGAUUUUUUACCAAAGCUAUAAAACUGCAGGCGGAAAUGAGCAACAAGUUCCCAGAGGAUGUUGGAAUCAAGAAUCAAAUGGCAGUGUCCUACCUCAUGAUUGGCCAAGGAAAAGUUGCUGCCCAGCUGCUUGAGAAGGUUCUGAAACAAGACCCAAGCAAUGGGUUUGCAAAGGUCCACUAUGGUUUCAUAUUGAAGACUGAAAGGAAUGACUUGGAAAGGGGCAUCAAGUAUAUGAGCGAAGGCAUUGCAACUAGGGAGCCAGGGGUCAUAGAUGGCCGUUUUUUCUUGCACCUUGGUGAUGCCCUCCAGAGAACUGGACAAAAUGAAAAGGCCCUGGAAGUCUACAAAGAAGGAGUCAAGGAGGGGCUUUUUGCAUCUGUUUACCAGCGCUCUCUGUACAGUGUUGAUGGCCUGAAAGCACAGCCAUGGUGGGACCCAAAUGAAACACCAUAUGCAUCAGAUCUUAAGGAGCUUGAAAAGCACUGGGUUGACAUAAAGAAUGAGGCACUCUCUCUAAUGACUGACAGAGGUUUUAAACCUGAAGCUGAGAACCUGAAGGACACUGGGGAUUGGAAGCAAUUUGAAAUGUUUGUGAGAGGUCAAAAAAUUGAGAGGAACUGCAGGUUGGCUCCUAAAACGUGUGCACUGAUAGGCCGGAUGAGGGAGGCUGCUGGCUGCAAGAGAGGACAGGCAAAGUUUUCCGUCAUGCACCCAGGCACCCAUGUUUGGGCACAUGUGGGGCCAACAAACUGUAGGCUUCGCUCACACCUUGGACUUGUGGUGCCACCAAAAGUUCGCAUCCGAGUAGCCAAUGAGACAAGGGAAUGGAAAGAAGGCAAAGUGCUGAUGUUUGACGACUCUUUUGAGCAUGAAGUUUGGCACGAAGGGGACAGCUUGCGGCUAGUGCUCAUUGUUGAUUUCUGGCAUCCAGAUUUGUCAGCCAGUCAGAAAGCCAGCUUGUCGCCUAUCUAGUCUUUAUUAAUCUUGACUUUUGACUCUAUGGAUAAUUUAUAAAGUCAGUGAAUUUGUUACUGAGCAAGAAUACUGAGAGGGUGAAACUCCAGUCAUUGUAGAUGACCACAUAACGUCACCAAGGUAGUAUGUGCCAACUAAUGAGCAUACAGUAGUGGGGCCUAGUAGUGCGUAAUGUUAGGCAUAAUGAAAAAGAAUCAGUGUUCCACAGCACAUGGCCAAAUUGUAGCAACACACACAGAAACCGAAACGGUGACGAUUUCCUUCUAGGCCACCAGCAUCAGGGGCAUAGCCAGAAAUUUUUUGGGAGGUGGGUCUGAUUCCUCCCUCCUCUUGUAUUUUCACGCUUGUGUUUGUAUGUGUAUGUGUAUAUAUAUAAACGCAGGGGGAGGGGGGAGCCCCUGUCUGGCUAGUGUCUCGGUGAGCUUGUGACCUUAUAUUUGGUCACCACAAAUAGCGGAGUUUUUUCUCCUAAAUGUUUCUUGCUCCAUUGUCUUUGUUUCAACAUUUCACAGUGCCUCUGUGCCACUUGUAGAAAAACGUGGUCCAUUUAUUGAAGCAAGUUUGACAGAAUUCCACACUUGUUUUGAGCUCUGUGGGACUCUGCCAAAGAAGAUAAACGGUCACAGCUCUUUUGCAUGGAGGAGCUACUCACGAUUCCUCAAGCUGAAGUGCCUUGCAGCAUCAUAGUAGUUUACAUGCCUGGCUCUUCCCUCAGUGAGGUUGCUGGUUAGGCAGAUGCACAAUGGCUGUAAUAAAGUCUUGUUACUUGUUGAA